CGAGCCGGCUCUCUACAGCAGGUCACCAGCUUCGGUAGCAACCCUACCAACGUGGGCAUGUACAUCUACGUGCCGACGAAUCUGGCCACCAAGCCCGGAAUCAUUGUUGCCAUCCAUUACUGCACCGGCACGGCAUCCGCGUACUACAGCGGCUCGCCCUACGCGACGCUGGCCGAGCAAUACGGCUUCAUUGUCAUCUACCCGCAGAGCCCGUACUCGGGCACCUGCUGGGACGUCAGCUCGCCGGCGACGCUCACCCACAACGGCGGGGGCAACAGCAACUCCAUCGCCAACAUGGUCACCUGGACGAUCGCGACGUACAAAGCGGACACCAGCAAGGUGUUUGUGACGGGAACAAGUUCCGGCGCCAUGAUGACGAACGUAAUGGCAGCCACCUACCCCAACCUCUUCGCCGCCGCGACCGUCUACUCCGGCGUGCCCGCCGGCUGCUUCUCCAGCGCCACCCACCAGGUCGACGCGUGGAACAGCACCUGCGCCCUGGGCGAGUCGAUCACCACCCCGGCGCACUGGGCCAGCAUCGCCGAGGCCAUGGACCCCGCGUACGCCGGCGCCCGCCCCCGCAUGCAGAUCUACCACGGCAGCGUCGACACCACCCUCUACCCGCAGAAUUACUAUGAGACCGUCAAGCAGUGGGCCGGCGUCUGGGGGUAUAACUACGAUGCGCCCCAGGCGACGGAGCCGAGCACCCCCGAGGCGAAUUAUGAGACCACGGUGUGGGGACCGGGAUUGCAGGGCAUCUUUGCUACUGGAGUCGGGCACACGGUGCCGAUUCAUGGGGAGAGGGAUAUGGAGUGGUUCGGGUUUGCUUGAGUUUUCUUGGGUUGGGGGUUUAGGUGGUUGGAGGUUCGGUGUAGGUUGGUAAAUGGGACUAUUUGUGCUGCUUGAAGGUGAAGGAGGGUUUGAUGCUUUGAUGAUGGUGUGCUGAUUUGAGCUUUGGAAUGAAAGAGCGAACCUAGGUGUUGUUGGGCUAGCGGUGAAAUGUUCUUGAAUCU